AUGGACGACAAGAAGACGGAAGUUGCUGCGAGUCUUUUACAGCCUGAGGCGAAUGAUAUUGCGGAAGAUCAAGUACCGGAAGUCUAUCGGUCGCUGAAUUUUCGCAGUCUUCAAGACCCGUAUUCACACAAUCAUGAUACCAUGGCAAGUCGAUAUAGUACCUUACGUGCUGAUGAUCUCGAGACGAUGCUUAAUGGUGGCCUUGAACGGUUUUAUAAAAAAUAUGACCAUUUAUCCAAGAAGAUUAAUCUUCAACUCCCAACUCCUGAAGUUCGGUUUGAGAAUUUAUCCUUUUCGGUUCAAGUACCAGCAACAGUUGGUGCUCAUGCUACUGUUGGGAGUCAUUUGAGUUCAAUCUUUACCCCAUGGCAAAAAGUACCAAUGAAGACAAAACAUGCUCUUCAUCCAAUGACAGGGAUCAUUAAACCUGGUUCCAUGACAUUGGUACUUGCUAAUCCAGGGGCUGGUAAAUCUACCUUUCUCAAGGCAAUGGCUGGCAAGUUACAAGAUAAUUCACAGACGGAGAUUGGAGGCGAAAUUCUCUACUCGGGACUACGUGGAGACGAGAUUGACCUCAUUAAACUUGUUGGUCUCGUUGAUCAAACGGACAAUCACAUUCCGACACUUACCGUUCGUGAGACGUUCAAGUUUGCUGACAUGUGUGUCAAUGGACGUGCUGAAGAUCAACCAGAGGAGAUGCGGGAUAUUGCAGCACUUCGUACGGAACUUUUCUUACAGAUUUUGGGUCUAGAGAAUUGUGCCGACACGGUUGUUGGUGAUGCUUUGCUACGUGGUGUGAGUGGUGGUGAACGCAAACGUGUGACCGUCGGUGAAAUGCUCGUCGGUGGUCAGAGUCUUUUCCUGUGUGAUGAAAUCUCCACGGGUCUCGACAGUGCUGCUACCUUUGACAUUGUCAAGUCCAUGCGCACAUGGUGCAAGACUUUGGGUGGAUCAGUCAUGGUCGCACUAUUGCAGCCAACACCUGAGGUUGUUGAGAUGUUUGACGACAUUUUGAUGAUUAAUGAAGGAUACAUGGUCUACCACGGUCCACGUACGGAGAUCCUUGACUACUUCCAUGGUCUUGGAUUCACGUGCCCACCUCGUGUGGAUCCUGCUGAUUUCCUCAUUGAAGCGACAUCGGGUCGUGGUCUUCGUUAUGCGAACGGCAGCGUUCCGACCAAGGACAUGCCUGUGACUUCGGAGGACUUUAACAACCUCUUCUGUGAGUCACAAAUUUACAAGAAGACUCAUGAAGCUAUUGGCAAAGGCUUUAACGAGCACCAGUUUGAGAGUGCGGAAGACUUUAAGAAAGCUAAAAGCGUGGCAAAGCUGGCACGUUCGAAGCAGAACUCGGAGUUCGGAUUGGCAUUCGUUCCAAGCACGAUCCUAUUGUUGAAUCGACAAAAGCUGAUUUGGUUGCGUGAUCCGCCACUGCUGUGGGGUAAGCUGCUUGAAGCUCUCGUUAUCGGUCUGGUCAUGGGAAUGAUCUACUUUGACGUGAGCUCGACGUACUACCUCCGCAUGAUCUUCUUCAGUAUCGCGCUGUUCCAGCGUCAGGCUUGGCAGCAGAUCACUAUUUCGUUCCAACUGCGUAAGGUGUUCUACAAGCAACGCGCGCGCAAUUUCUUCCGUACAACAUCGUAUGCUAUCGCCGAGAGUGUGGUGCAGAUUCCGGUGAAUGUUGCAGUGUCUCUCGUGCUGUGCUUGUUCUUCUACUUUAUGAGUGGUUUGACGCGCUCGUUUGAAAAGUUUAUCGUGUUUUACGUGGUGCUGCUAAGUUUUCAGCACGCUAUCAGUGCCUACAUGACGAUGCUUAGCUCCCUGUCGCCUAGCAUCACAGUUGGCCAGGCGCUUGCUUCGAUCUCUGUCAGCUUCUUUUUGCUGUUCUCGGGCAACAUCAUUUUGGCUGACCUGAUCCCGGAGUACUGGAUCUGGAUGUACUGGUUCUCUCCGAUCUCGUGGGCUCUGCGUAGUAACAUGCUGUCAGAGUUCUCGAGUGAUCGGUACACGGAAUUGGAAAGCAAAACCAAUCUUGAGAGCUUCUCGAUCACACAGGGUACCGAGUACAUCUGGUUUGGUAUCAUCGUGCUGGUGGUCUACUACUUCUUCUUUACGACGCUCAACGGUAUGGCGCUGCACUUCAUCCGGUACGAGAAGUACAAGGGUGUGACUGUCAAAGCUCUGACCGACAAGGUCGAAGAAGAGGACAACGUUGGUGGUCUACCAUUCACCCCGUCGAAUUUGUGCAUCAAGGACUUGGAAUACUUCGUGACGCUUCCUUCGGGCGAGGAAAAACAACUUUUGAAUGGCGUUACGGCGCAUUUUGAACCAGGACGCAUGGUGGCACUUAUGGGUGCGACGGGUGCUGGUAAGACGACGCUGAUGGACGUGAUCGCUGGCCGUAAGACGGGUGGUCGCGUUGUGGGCGACAUUGUCGUGAACGGCGAACUCAAGAACCCGGCUUAUUUCAGCCGCAUUACGGCGUACUGCGAGCAGAUGGACAUCCACUCGGAAGCUGCUUCGGUUUACGAGGCGCUAGUGUUUUCAGCCAAUUUGCGUUUACCGCCCAACUUUACGGAAGAACAGCGCAUGACUUUGGUGCAUGAAACCUUGGACCUGUUGGAGCUGUCAUCGAUAUCUGGCGAAAUGGUGGGAAGUUUGUCGGUGGAGCAGAAGAAGCGUGUGACAAUUGGAGUGGAGGUGGUGUCGAACCCGAGCAUUUUGUUCCUUGAUGAACCGACGAGUGGUCUCGAUGGGCGCUCGGCACUUAUCGUGAUGCGCGGUGUGCAGUCGAUUGCUCGCACGGGCCGUACAGUGCUGUGCACAAUCCACCAGCCGAGUAUUUCGAUCUUCGAGCUAUUUGAUGGUCUAUUGCUGCUGCAGAGAGGUGGGUUCACGGCUUACUUCGGUGACCUCGGUGUGGACUCGGUGAAGAUGCUGGAAUACUUUGCUUCUAUCCCUGGUACGAUGGAGAUCCGUCCGCAGUACAACCCGGCCACAUACAUGCUCGAGGUGAUUGGCGCUGGUAUUGGUCGUGACGUUAAAGACUAUGCUUUUGAGUACAAGAACAGCGAGCUUUACAAGUCGAACCGUGAGCGCACGAUGUUGUUGGCAGAAGCGUCCGAUGAUUUUGUGCGUCACUCGACACUGAAUUACGAUCCCAUUGCAACGAGUUUCAUGAACCAGUUGACCGAAUUGGCAAAGAAGCAGCAGCUUACGUACUGGCGGAAUCCGCAGUACAACUUUAUGCGCAUGUUCCUGUUCCCGCUCUUUGGUGUUAUCUUUGGUACGACGUUUUUCCAGUUGUCGGCUGACAGUGUGAAAAAGAUCAACUCGCACAUUGGUCUCAUCUACAACAGUAUGGACUUUAUCGGUGUCAUUAACCUCAUGACAGUGCUUGAAGUGACAUGUGCCGAGCGUGCUGUGUUUUACCGUGAACGGAUGUCGAAUUACUACGGUCCACUGCCCUACAGUCUAUCAUUGUGGUUUGCUGAAGUGCCGUACUUGAUUGUGGUGAUUAUCUUGUUCGUGACGAUCGAGUACUGGCUCGUCGGGUGGAGUUCCAAUGGAGGUGACUACUUGUUUUUCAUGUUCAUCUUUUACCUGUACACGUCGGCAUGCACGUACGUGGGUCAAUGGAUGUCUGCCUUGACACCAAAUGAAAAGGUGGCGAAUGUCGCUGUGGGUGCAAUGUCGUGUCUAUUCAACUUGUUUUCAGGUUACCUCUUACCCCGUACAGCUAUGAAGGCAGGUUACAAGUGGUUUGAAUAUUUGGUUCCAUCAAGUUAUUCGCUUUCAGCAUUGGUCGGUGUCCAAUUUGGUGACGUUCAAGACAUGAUUCAAGUGACAACAAAUGGAGUGACUAGUGAAAUGACCGUGGCCAAGUACAUUGAGGACAUUUACGAUUUUCGUCCAGGGAGCAAGUACAAUUUAAUGGGAGGACUUUUGGUGAUUUGGAUUGUCUUGCAAAUUGCCAUUUACGUGACUUUCAAGUACGUGAGUCAUCUCAAGAGAUAA